AUGACUGACAGAAAUCUGGAGCAGCGGAUUAACAUCAAAUUUUGCGUCAAAAUUGGGAAAAGUGCAAGAGAAACUCUAGCUCUGUUACAGCAGGCUUAUGGUGAACAUUCCAUGAAGAAAUCAAGUGUUUUUGAAUGGUAUAGGCGGUUUAAGCAGGGGUGGGAAGAUGCCCACAUUGACACAAGAAGUGGGCAGCCAAAAACACAAAGGAUGGAUGCAAAUAUGGACACAGUUCGAACCCUCAUACGCUCGCAUCAAAAAUUGAGUGUGCAACUGAUGGCAGGAGAAUUGAACAUGAACAGGGAAACAGUGCAGGAGAUUCUAACAAAGGAUUGGGGAAUGAGAAAGAUUUCUGUAAAGAUGGUGCCUCGAAUCUUGACUGAUCAGAAAGAACGUCAUCUUCAAACUUCAUCUAAUCUUUUGAAGAAUACAGAGGUGUUUGAUUUUUUUUUUACAGUCCAUUCUGGAAAUUAA